GGAAGAUGUUCCCGCCUCAAAACAAGCACAAAGUUAAGAAAAUCGAGGUGUGAGUAGAAUGGAAGAGGCCGUGUCCUGAAUUAAGGGUUAGGGAGACUCGCAAAAAGAGAAACAAAGAAUUCUGUCAGUUGUCCCCCGGGAUGUGGAAAGUGCUGGAGCGGACGAAAGUGGAAGAUGCUGGAUUGUUCCCAGAAGCCGAAUCUGUUCAGUGCCCACUGCUUUGAAUGAUAGUGCGAUUUCUUGCUGCUACAGGGAAUCAUCUUUACCCACCUCCAAACAAGAAGAUAUGGCCAUUUCCUUUUUGGAACAGUUCUUGCACCAAUUAACUAGGAGAAAAAAUUAAUGAUUUUGUUUUGAGAGUAAUUUAGACAUAUAUACAUUUCGGACAGAGUUUAUCCCUUUUACAACAUUAUUUGUAUGUUAAAAUAGUGAAUUUUGGAAUAAUUUAAUGCCUGGAAAUUCUGAAAUUUCCUUAAAUGCUUGAAUUUGGAAAUAGUUCUAAUUUAUAGAUUUAGGACUAUGUCUUUGCUUGUUUACAACAACUCAAGUUAACUCUCAGAAUGAACCAGCAACAACAAAUAACUAAUCAUUAUAUAUGUGAAACCUUUGAAAUUUUAUUGUGGUAUAAAAACUACUGCAGAUUUUGUUUUUUUGUUUUUUGUCUUUUUUUGGAAGCAGAAAACUACUGCAGGUUUUUCUUUGAGGCAGAGUUUGUAUUUUCCCAAGCUCAGUGUAUUGGACACACCACUCAUUUUUUAAAGCUUUAAGCUUUUUCAGUGGAUUUAAUUUUUUGUCUUUUAUUUUUUUAAAAGACAAUAAUUGCAGUUAUGGUAAUUUUAUAUCAAAGCUUGAACUCCCAAUUCAUCUAGGUUUGGUAUUGUUUUGAUGAUACUGCUGCAUUAUCAUGUCAGAUGAAAACUUAUUGGAAGAAGAUAUCUGGGAAUAUAAAUCCAUAAGAAAACGAAAAUUGGGAAAAUCAGAUGUUUCUAACUCUGUUCAAAAGGCUACAGAUGGUAAACGCAAAUCAAAAAGAUGUGAAAGUAAAAACAAAAGGACUGUGGAAGUUAAGGAAAAGUCUAAGGAUGAUGAAUUACAUUUAGGAGAAAGAGGUUCUCAGACACUUGUGUCUGAACCCAAUCUAAAUACUAGCAGUAAUAUUCAGCAGUCCCCGGGUAAGGUAACUGCAAAAGCAAAGCUUGGAAAGACAGAUAACAAAAAACUGACCCCAACAAAGCAGCAUCCCGUUUAUAGUGGACACUGUCCAAGUUGCCAAAUGCCUUUUUCCUUGUUGCUGGGUCAAACACCUCGGUGGCAUGUUGCUGAAUGUUUAGAUGCUCCACGGUCCUCAGAAAGAGAAUGUCCUGAUGGUCUUCUAUGUACUUCUGCAGUUCCUUCUCAUUACACACUGUAUGCCCAUUUCCUGCUAGCUCAAAGUAGAGCAGGGAAUGAUUUUUUUAGCUCUCCAACUUCUAUGUCAAGCAGCAAGCUUCUUGGUUCCAAUGAUACUAAAUCAAGCUUUCUCUGUAGCCUAGAGGAAAGAUGGACUCAGUGUCAGAAACAAACAGAGAAUGCAAAAAAUGUUCCAAAUGAUCCCUUGUUGAUAACAUUGAGUCCAAGAAAAUUUCAGUCUCCAAAUGAAACCAAUAAAAAGAUUUCAUUUUCCACAAACAUCUCAAAAUUCCAACAGACUAUGCAGUUCACAGAAUUUGUUGAUAAUGACAAACUUGAGAGCUCUGGUUUUCUUCUUGCUGAUGGAGAAUUAGACAGAUUGAAUAGCUCAGAACAUUUGAACCUUCCACUGCCAGAAGCUGAUCUCAGUGACUGUGAAAUCUCCUAUUCUCCUCUCCAAAGUGAUGAAGAAACUUACGAUAUAGAGGAGCAGCUAGAAAAUUCACAAAAGGAACUGUGUAUUACUGAAAACUCUGAAAAUUACAGCAUUGACGAUGAGGAUGACAGCUGUAUCUUGUUUAGAAGACUUUGUGGAACCUUACAAGAGGAAUAUAAACCUGACUGCAGGAAAAUGAACAGUUACAUAAACCAGAAUGAUGAAGAAUUGAAUAUACCUCCCACUUUAAGUGAUGUGUCUAAACCUGUUUCCCAAAAUGAGAGGAUGAAGUCUUGUGAGCCAACGUGUGCCACUAAUCAUUUUAGAUGCUUUCCAACUUCUUUAACUGGGGACCUGAAUUCUACCAAUUAUCAAGUCAAUAAAGAGGGCCCUGAUGAGCCAAAAUUGUUCUCAUCCCAAUCAAGUAGAGGGAGUGUGUCUACUGAAGAACCAGCUGCUUGCAGUUGGGCUUCUCAGCAAUUACUUAACAGUGAAAUGUCAAAGUCCUUGGAAAGCAAGGAAGAAAAGGUUUUUUCUCCUCAGUCAACUCAAAGUGAAAUGAUAGAAGAAUCAAAUAGAUCCUUUUAUGGCAAAAAGAAUAAUCAUAUAAUAAAGUUUUGCAGAGAAGCAUUAGAUAGUAAGGCAGGUAUUAAGGCUUCAGUUUUAGACAUGGAAGCUUUUCAUAAUAAAACUACUGAACAUAUGUCUAUGGAGAUAUUGCUGCCAUGUACUCCCAACUCUAACACAAGACCAUCUUCUACUAAAGUAUUAAAACAAAUGGAUAUAGGUGUGUUUUUUGGGUUACCACCAAAAGCAAAGGAGGAGAAAACGCCAGAGAAAAGUGCUUUGAAAAGAACAAAAAAUGCAAGUCCUAAUGAAAAGCGGUCUGGACAGAACAAGAGGAAAAGGGAAGGAUCUCUGGGUGAUUCGGAACUUGAUGCACACAACUUAAAUAGAACUAAAACCUUUGAGGAAUCAUCCUGUGAAAGGUCACAAAGAAGAAAAAGAUUUAGAAAGUCAGCUGUAAAAGAAGAAAAGACACAAUUGGGAGAAACUGAUGAGCUCAUGAAUAAGAGAGAACUAGUGACAAAUAAGGUAGCUAAAGGUGGAUCACAGAAGUGGAGAACAAGGUUGCAAGAUUCAAUUUAUACUGAAGGAGGCUUGAGGGAAAAGAAAUGUCCCUUCUAUAAGAAAAUACCAGGAACUGGCUUUACAGUUGAUGCCUUUCAAUAUGGAGCAAUAGAGGGUUGUACAGCGUAUUUCCUCACACAUUUUCAUUCGGACCAUUAUUCUGGCUUGUCAAAAAAAUUUACAUUCCCAGUUUAUUGUAGCAAGAUAACAAGCAAUUUGGUAAAGAGCAAACUUUGUGUGCAAGAACAGUACCUCCAUCCCCUGCCAAUGGACACUGUGUGUAUAGUAAAUGGUAUCAAAGUUGUUUUGCUUGAUGCUAAUCAUUGUCCAGGUGCUGUUAUGAUCCUUUUUUAUCUUCCAAAUGGGACUGUUACAUUGCACACUGGAGACUUCAGAGCAGAUCCUUCCAUGGAACGCUGUUCUCUUCUUGCUAACCAGAAAGUCCACACGCUUUACUUAGACACCACAUAUUGCAGCCCAGAAUAUACUUUUCCUUCUCAGCAGGAAGUUAUCCAGUUUGCUAUCAACAUUGCCUUUGAGACUGUAACUGUAUCCCCACGUACUCUUGUUGUCUGUGGUACUUAUUCUAUUGGAAAAGAGAAAAUAUUCCUAGCAAUUGCUGAUGUUUUAGGUUCCAAAGUUAGCAUGUCCCAGGAAAAGUACAAAACACUACAGUGCUUGGAGCUUCAGGAAGUUAAUUCCCUCAUUACUACAGACUGGAGCAGUGCAUUAGUACACCUUCUUCCUAUGAUGCAAAUUAAUUUUAAGGGUUUGCAGAACCAUUUGAACAAGUGUGAUGGGAAAUAUGAUCGCAUUUUGGCUUUCCGACCUACGGGGUGGACACAUUCUGAGAAGUUUGGCUGUUUAGCAGAUAUUGUUCCCCAAACCAAAGGAAAUAUUUCGAUAUAUGGAAUUCCUUACAGUGAACAUAGCAGUUACCUAGAAAUGAAGCGCUUUGUCCAGUGGCUAAAGCCACAAAAAAUCAUAUCUACAGUAAAUGUUGGUUCCUGGAAAUCCAGGAAUACGAUGCAGAAAUAUUUUAGUGAAUGGAAGCAUGAAGCUGGCUAUUGAUUAAAAGACUGAAAAAUGACAUUAAGCUGUCUAACCCCAGAUGUGGAUUUUUUUUUCUCCUAAGUAUAUAAAUUCCCUAGUCCACUUACCAUGAAUAUAGGUGCACUUUAUUUAAAAACCACAUAAAUAUCAGUAAUUUUUCUAUCAGCCUUAUUUUCUCACAAUUUACGUCUGUGAUGCUGACUAGCUGCCACCCUGAGGCUUCGGUGAGAAAGUGACAGUGUUUUUCUGCUCUGUGUAAAACUUCCUUAAAAUCUAUUUUCUGUGGCCUGUAAGAAGACAGCAAGAGCAGACUAUUAAUCAUUUUCAAGGACUUUCUCUCCUUUUUUGUAACUCUUCCUUAGGAUCCUGUCUGGCCUGUGUAGAUGAAUAUGUAGUUAUCUUCAUUUCCAGAUGAUUUCCUGGGAGGACACUAGGCCAUAUAUGACAAAAAAGGAGCCACAAACAACAUGCACACGAAGCUGAAAGUAUUACUAAUUACUUAUUACAUGUAGUAACGCAUCUUCUAAUAAAAUCAUUCCAUUUUUUACAAAAU